AUGGAUUUGAACAAGACAAUUGAGUUCUCAACUUCAUCAGCCUCAGUCCCAGAACAAGACUCUCAGAUGCAUAACUUCAUGUCCAUGCCAGCAGCCUUCAUGUCACCCAAUAACCAUCAGCAGUAUGUAAAAGACGGGGAGGCGGCUAGAAAUCAUCGUUUCAAGCAAUUGCUGAAGCAGAACAUGCAGCUAUUCUGGAAUCACCGACUGUACGAGAUUCGCAGUGCUUCAGAGUUUAGAACCCAUCAUCGGCUACCUCUUGCAAGGGUAAAAAAGAUAAUGAAGGCAGAUGAAGGAGUGAAGAUGAUCAGUGCGGACACUCCAGUAUUGUUUGCAAAGGCUUGUGAGCUUUUCAUCCUUGAGCUAACACUACGUUCAUGGCUUCACACUGAUGAAAAUAAGCGCCGAACACUGCAGCGUUGCGACAUUGCUAGAGCUAUAAGGAAUGAAAAACUUCUGGAUUUCUUGGCCGAUGCUGUUCCUUUGGACCACAAGCUGCUCCAGGAAGAAGUAACAAGAAGCCGUUCUGAAGGAAAUGAAUCUCAUCAUCCUGCAACUCGAACUCAUUUACCCAUGGCCAAUCUGAACUCAGCCUAUAUCAUGAGAAACCAAGAAAUCUCUCAGCAGUUUGUAAUUCAGCCAUCUGAGUAUCAGGCUGGUUCAAAGAUGCAUAUGUAUGAGAGUAAAUUGAAGGUCAUGUGUCCUUGGGAGACUGCGGCUACCGAGAUUUCCAAAAAAGGCAUGCUUUCCUAA